GGCUGCCUUCGAUACUGUGAACCAUCAGAUCCUCCUCUCCACCCUCUCCGAGUUGGGCAUCUCCGGCGCGGCCCACGCUUGGAUUGCGUCCUACCUGACAGGUCGCUCCUACCAGGUGGCGUGGCGAGAAUCUGUCUCCUCACCACGCGCUCUCACCACUGGUGUCCCCCAGGGCUCUGUUCUAGGCCCUCUCCUAUUCUCGCUAUACACCAAGUCACUUGGCUCUGUCAUAACCUCACAUGGUCUCUCCUAUCAUUGCUAUGCAGACGACACACAAUUAAUCUUCUCCUUUCCCCCUUCUGAUGACCAGGUGGCGAAUCGCAUCUCUGCAUGUCUGGCAGACAUAUCAGUGUGGAUGACGGAUCACCACCUCAAGCUGAACCUCGGCAAGACGGAGCUGCUCUUCCUCCCGGGGAAGGACUGCCCGUUCCAUGAUCUCGCCAUCACGGUUGACAACUCCAUUGUGUCCUCCUCCCAGAGCGCUAAGAACCUUGGCGUGAUCCUGGACAACACCCUGUCGUUCUCAACCAACAUCAAGGCGGUGGCCCGUUCCUGUAGGUUCAUGCUCUACAACAUCCGCAGAGUACGACCCUGCCUCACACAGGAAGCGGCGCAGGUCCUAAUCCAGGCACUUGUCAUCUCCCGUCUGGAUUACUGCAACUCGCUGUUGGCUGGGCUCCCUGCCUGUGCCAUUAAACCCCUACAACUCAUCCAGAACGCCGCAGCCCGUCUGGUGUUCAACCUUCCCAAGUUCUCUCACGUCACCCCGCUCCUCCGCUCUCUCCACUGGCUUCCAGUUGAAGCUCGCAUCCUCUACAAGACCAUGGUGCUUGCCUACGGAGCUGUGAGGGGAACGGCACCUCAGUACCUCCAGGCUCUGAUCAGGCCCUACACCCAAACAAGGGCACUGCGUUCAUCCACCUCUGGCCUGCUCGCCUCCCUACCACUGAGGAAGUACAGUUCCCGCUCAGCCCAGUCAAAACUGUUCGCUGCUCUGGCUCCCCAAUGGUGGAACACACUCCCUCACGACGCCAGGACAGCGGAGUCAAUCACCACCUUCCGGAGACACCUGAAACCCCACCUCUUUAAGGAAUACCUAGGAUAGGAUAAA